CCCCGCUCGCCAUUUUCCCAUCACAUGUGUGACCCCCCUGUGUGCCACACGUAAAUACGUUCCAAGAGAAACCUGUGCUCCGCUGAAACUUGGUUCCGGGCUUUCAACAUGGCGUCAGCAGUACUGAAGGUUGCAGCAGGCGUUUCCAGGUGUUCGACUUUUACUCUCCUGAGGGGUCUCUCCACGACAGUGCCCCUCUCUCAGGGUGUUCCUGGGGCUGUUUGGAAGCUGGGGAAGCUGAACCACAUCGCCAUUGCUGUGCCCGACAUGGAGAGGGCCACAGCUCUUUACCGGGACGUUCUGGGGGCAACAGUAAGUGAGAAGGUGCCCCUUCCUGAGCACGGGGUGUACACUGUGUUUGUGGAGCUUGGCAACACAAAGCUGGAGCUGCUCCAUCCGUUGGGGGACAAGAGCCCCAUCUCUGGUUUCCUGCAGAAGAACAAGUCUGGAGGGAUGCAUCACAUUUGCAUCGAGGUAGAUGACAUUAAAGCAGCUGUGGCUGACAUGAAAGCGAAGAACAUCAGGACUCUGUCCGCUGAGCCUCGCAUCGGCGCUCACGGGAAACCUGUCAUGUUUCUUCAUCCUAAAGACUGUGAUGGCGUGUUGGUUGAGCUUGAAGAAGCAUAAGAAUCUGUGCCUGGGACAAUGAGGAAACCUUGAUAUGUAUAUAUCCCACUAACAAUGUGUGUUCCUUGCAGAUAAGUUUUUUGCAUUUUUCUGUUUGGGAUCUUUUUAGUAACUUUUUUGUUAGCAUCUGAUAAGUUUUGAUUUUAAAAUGCUGUCUCAAUAAAAGUUUAUAUUUUAAAAAUCAA